CAAUCAUCAGGCAGCCCACGCUGCAGCACAUCGUCCUGUUCUUAUCAAUUGUAUUGCUUUCGGAAAUCACAAGGGUCGAGCUCAAGUCAGUCUCUAUUGUGGAUCUUCGCGAUAUGAAGGUUGGCUAUGAUUGCACUACUUUGGGCGGACGGAUGUUCGGAUUGACAGCCAGGUGAGGAAUACAAAAGCAACUGACUUCCGCAACCCUGCCGACACCCAUUUCUUCUUGGCUUGUUUCAAGUAUCGUGAAUUUACAUCUCUCCACGCAAAAUGAUCUCCUCAACCCUGCUCAGUGUUGCCACAUUGGCAGGCGCUGCUCUGGCCGCCGUCGACUGUACUGGUGUCAAUGCUAUUGCACCAGGAUGCGCCUCUCAAGAAUCGCUGCACUAUCGUGACUUCUUCUACAUCGGAGGACGAUACGUGGCAGGUGCUGCUGGCAACCUCACAUACGAUCAAGUUUACGUUGAGAAGUUGACUCCCGCAAGUGGAGUAAACCAGAGUCAUCCUGUCGUCUUGUAUCAUGGCGGAGGAACUUCCGGGGUGACAUGGUUGAACACCCCUGAUAAUCGCAAAGGUUUCGCCUCCCACCUUUUGGACUAUGGCUAUCAAGUCUAUAUUGUCGAUCAGACUAGCGUCGGAAGAGGCAGCUCAGAGAACCUUAACGAUUAUGUUAUGCGCAUUGGCUCAACCGCCGAGAUCACCGAGAAGGGUUUUACUGCUCCUGAGCUCACCAACGCCUAUCCCCAGUCCCAAGAGCACACUCAAUGGCCUGGUACUGGUGUCAGGGGCGAUCCUAUCUUUGAUGCAUUCGAGUCGACAUUCAUUCCUCUGACCAGCAACUUGACCGUUCAAGAACUCUCUAUGCGCUCAGCAGGCUGCCAACUUCUCUCAUUGAUCGGUCCCUCGUUCUUGGUUUCUCACUCCAUUGGUGCUUUGCACCCUCUGCUCCUCUCCAAUGAUUGCCCCCAAUUGGUUGCGGGCAACAUCAACCUGGAGCCUGGAAACAUUCCCUUCCAGUCAUAUGUUGGAAACGCCACUUCUUCAGUCGGCCGUACUUCUGCUCGUCCCUGGGGCAUGACAAACACCUAUGUCACCUACGAGCCUGCCAUCAGCAGCUCUUCAGAGCUUACUUACGAACUCGUCGGCGACGACACUCCUGCCAACCGCAGCUGUUACAUGCAGACUGGAACAAUCCACAAGCUCACUGAAAUUGCCAAGGUCAAGUACGUUGCUCUUACAGGCAGUGCCAGCCCUCAUAUCACCUACGAGCAUUGUGUCAUUGAUUUCCUGCAACAAGCUGGUGUCGCUGCUGAAUGGAUCAAGCUUGCCGACAAGGGAAUUACUGGUAACGGCCACUUCGGCUAUCUCGAGAAGAACAGUCCUCAAAUUGCUGGUGUUGUCCAUGAUUGGAUUCAAGCGAACUGUUAAUAUGUAUGAAUUGGUCGAGAACUACACAAUGUAUAAUAAUACCACACAAUGUUUGUUGAUUUCUCAAU